AUGUUUAAAUUAAAAUAUUCAUUAAUAUUUUCACUAUUUUUAGUAUUUGGAGUUUUUCUUGGUGAUCAACUUGUACUUUCACAAGUAGAAGCCGAAACACUGCUAAUUUUGAAUCCAAAUAUCGCUCAAUAUACUAUGCCAUGUGGAAACACAACAGAUAAUGCAUGUCCUAAUAUCGCUGUUGCUCUCAGUGCCACCAACUCAACUAAUAUCGUGCUGGAUUUGGGUAACUACACAUACACCGGUCCAAACAACACCAAUAUCAAUUUGGUAAACAUAACACUCACCGUGCAGGGUAAUCCAAAUGCAUAUGCCACUAUCGAUCUGGCAGAGAAUGGUUUGCUCUUUAGUAUUAUGGAUAGUCAGCAGAAGCACGGUGACGUUGUCUUGACACUCCAAUACCUAAACAUUGUCAACGGUACGGGAUUCCACGGUGUCUAUGGUGGUGUCAUCUAUAUCACUACCAACUACUCCAACACCAUAUUGCUACUGGAGAAUGUUGUUAUCUCCAAUUGCAAUGCAUACUAUGGUGGUGUCGUUUCUCUCCAGACAACACUGAAUUCCUAUAUCACCUUCUCCAACUCGACGUUCACCAACAACUCUGGUACUUUCGGAUCGGUUUUCUAUACCACUAACUUCUGUCAAGUGAACAUUUCCAAUAGCAACAUUGUUGGCAAUCAAGGAAACAACGGUAUCAUUUACGUAGUGAAUGGAGCGUUUAAAAUGAACAAUGUUCUCAUCGAUUCCAACGUCGGAGGAAGUUCCAUCUUGAAAUUGAGUAACAAUGGAAAUGUGAUUAUCAACAACAUGACCCUAACCAACAACUCUGUCCAGCGUGUAGUAGAUCCAAUGGGAGGCGGUGUAAUGAUGCUGUUCCAAAACUUUGUUCAGCUCCUCAACUCAGUGAUUUCCAACAACGUUGGAAGUGCACCAAUCUCUUUCAACUCGAUCAGUACCUUGGUCAUCGCCGAUACUCUCAUCAGCAAUAACAAUGCAUCGGCAUUGGGUGGUGCGAUCGCUCUUAACCAAGGUGAAUUGUUUGUCACCAAUUGUGUUUUCGCAUCGAACUAUGCACUGCAAUCGGGUGGUGCCAUCUACAUCUUCGAUGCACAAACUCUCAAACUUACCAAUACCACUUUCACAGGUAACUCUGUCGGUCCCGACGGUUCCGGUAGUGUAUUGUACAUCGACAACGUAGAGUUCAACUCGUUUAAAGGAGUAACAUUUUCACAUAAUCUAAUCAACGACUCUAUCAACCCUAUCUUCUGUGAUGACUCUGAUAUUGAAAUCAACAACAUCACCUCCGAUACUGAUAGUUUGGUUUCAUGUUCAAACGGUGGUAGAGCUGGAUGUAAAUUCACUGGUAACUAUGAUAUCACUGAAAUGUCUUGUCCCCCUGAAGGUAGACUUAGUCCCGGUGCAAUCGCAGGUAUCAUCGUUGGUUCUAUAGCCGGUAUACUUUUACUCGUAUUAAUUGUAUAUAUCAUAAAGAAGAGACACCAUAAUCAUCAUAAAUAUCAUAGUUAUCAUUAA